CUGAAAUUGGAGCCUUUUAAAAGCUCAUUUUAAAAGCACAUUUUAGAGGGCGUUUCUGGUCUGUUUGGUACUGUUACGAAUCGACCGUGAUUUCCUGUGAAUCAAAACCAUGAAAGUCCUGAUACUACUAGUUCUUGCAGCAGUUUUGGGAUGCAGUCAAGCCCAGCUUCCUAUGAUCGGUAAAUGCUCGUACACAAACUUCACGUUGGACGUCCGUUCAUGUAAUACAGAGUUUAUUCGCUCUAUGAUGAAGGACCCGAAGUCUGACUGCACUAAUGAACUAAAAAACCUGACCGACUGCGCUGUGGGUACCAUCAAAGUGUGCAUGCCGCCUGGAACCAACAUCGCUUUGAUUAAAAAGAUGUUACAGCAAAUGAUGACGAAGGAGAUCAUGUGUGACAAAGCUGGUGUCCAGUUCCCUGGUUCAAUGGGACCCAAUGCCUCGCUUCCAUGUAAGCUUAGCGAAAAGGAAUAUACCGAUGAUAUCAAUAACUGCUCAAACAAAAUGUUGUCGCUUUGGACCGCUAAUAGAGCUGAUCCAAAGAUCUGUGGGGAAUACAAGGUGUCUAAGGAUUGUGUAAGRRAUGUYAUUGAUUCGCAAUGUGACUACUCGUCUAUCGAUUGGUUCAAGACAUUGAUGACGUUAACAUUGGGUGACUACAAUCCAUUUUGUACCAAUGGCGUCGAUCCAACCUCACCACCAACAGYCGGUCCACCUGAUUCUAAGACGACUAGUAAUCCAAUGGGUGGCUCUCCAGGGAUUCCUUUAUCAGGCUUACUUUUUGUGUUAACCAUUUUUGUAACAGUAGCUUUGGGUUAAACAGGUUUAACGAAAUAAAAUGGUCUCUUCAUGAAAUUUUGUCAUGGAAUUCCCUCAGCAUCCAAUGAAUUUUCAUAUACUAUAGUCGUGUAUAAUUAGCUUAAUUAUUCCGGGAGAAUUCUAAAAAAACUGAUUAAUAUCUUCCCGACUUUCCUUGACGUUUUACGUGAUAGUGUCUGGUGUUCACGUCAAUGCAAUCAUACCCCCUCUAGACCAUAAUUUCCUUUUACCUUCUUUACAAUUAACUGCUACUUACAUGUCUGUAAAAAAACGAUCAACCGCAAAGAAACAACAGAAAGAUGAAGUCUUUCGCAUCGUUUGUCAUAAUUACAGUUUGUGCAAGAUACUUCAUUCAAGCUCAGCUUCCCAUGUUUGGGUCUUGCACGUUUCAGGAAUACAACAUGAAAUCACGGUCAUGUUACACUUCGUUUAUUCAUGGCAUGCGGAGGAACCCUGCAUCAAAAGAUUGCAACACCGAACUGGAUACGCUACUUGGCUGUACCUCCACAUCUAUCAAAGACUGUUUCCCCGAGUAUAGUGAUAAUAAUCUUAAAACAAUGCUACAGCAAAUCAUGACAGCUGAUAUGAUGUGCAAUCGAGCAGGAGUACAGUUACCUGCCGGUGAAACAGCUUURACAUGUAAUGUAAGUGAUGUUCAAUACACUGGUAAAAUCAAUCRGUGCUCAGACAGGUUUAUGAAGAUGUGGCAAACCAAUAAGGCUGAUUCAAGACUUUGCAGUGAGUACAAACUGGUAAAAAGAUGCGCCAAUCGUACCAUUGAARCCUAUUGUACAACCCUUAGUUGGUAUCAGGAACUGGCUCGACUAUAUCUAAGUGACUACAACCCAUUCUGUUCUAACGGACUGGAUCCAACUACGACACCAACAAUCACUCAACUCCCGAGAACCUUUGCGCCAUUCCGUGCUACGACACCAAUGACGUCSAAAUCUACCUCACGUACGUUUCAUAUGACAUCAAGAGCAGUAACUACGUCAUCAAGAGCAGUAACUACGUCAUCAAGUCCUAUGUCAUCAGCUGCUCAAUCCAUAUUGAAACCACAAACUGAACAAGAAAAUCAAACCGUAAAGAAUUCAUCUCUGAAUAAAGUAGUGUUUAUUUGGCAGGAUGUCUUUAUGGCAGGCUUAAUAGUGGUGCUUGUAGUUCUCUGAUUGGAUGAACGUUGUAUUAAAUUAAUGAAUCAAUCAGUCCUUUCUUCGCAUAAUUAAAUCGACUCAUUAUGAUUGUCUAGACCAAACGCAAUUAAUUGUUGAAAUAAAACUGAUCCGAUGUAGAGCACUGAAAGAUUCUUUAUGCGUAGA